CGAUGUGCAACGAAAUCUUAAAACCUUGCGGGUUUCGUCGAGUAUAAAACCACCCUUGAGUACCCUCCAUGGCUCCAUCGUUCGUCCCAACUAAGUUUGCCGAUACUGCGACCCGGUUCGUUAGGUGCGUGUGCGCUCACGUUCAACACUCAAUUGCUUUGCAUCGCUUCGUUGCACCAUACCAGACUCGUUUCGCCUCUAGGGUUCGAAGUCUGGGAGUGAUAGGAAUUUGUAAGGAACCCAAGGUCACCGUGUACACGUUCCUUCCGAAGAAAGGAGAAUUGCUGAUAACAGGAGAUGGGUGGUCAUGGAGGUCUUAACAUUCUCCCUCAGAAGCGCUGGAAUGUUUACAACUACGAAAACAGAGAGAAAGUGCGGCGAGAUGAAGAAGCUGCGGCAAGAGAGGAGCAGCUUAAGCGAGAACAGUCCAGAAAGCGAGACGCUGAAUUCCGCCUUGAGAUGCUCAGGCGUGCUCGUGGUUUACCUACUGCUGGCCAAAGCACUGCAUCUGCUGCAUCGGAACCCAAGUCGAAUCACAUUAAUCUCUUUGAAGGCCUGGAAUUUUUUUCUCCUCUUGGUGGUGAGGCAGAAGAAAAUGACGAUCCUCAAAGGGAGAGUUCCAGGAAAAAGAAGAAGCAGAAGCAGGCGGCGGCAACCCCCAAAGUAAUCCUUCCGGAAGAUGAGAAGUACAGGCUAGGAUAUGGGGUUGCAGGAAAAGGUGUCAAAGCACCAUGGUACAUGUCGAGGUUAUCUGACAAUACAGAUACUGAACCUUCUGGAGCUUCUGCUCCAUCUGGAUCGCGAAAGCAGGACGGGAAUGACAAGCCUGGGAAGAAGACAUUGGAAGAGCUGAGGGAAGAGCGUCUGAAGAGAGAGAAGAGAGAGAAGGAGAGAGAACGUGCUCUUGUGCUAGAAAACAGUAGAAGAGAUGGAGCUAUUACAAAGGUCAGAGGGUUUUCUAGGCAUGGGCUGUAACUUGAGGGUGUGGCAAGAAGGUACCGUUUCAUUCAACAGAUUAAUCUGCUCUUCAAGGGGAACCUGCAUGACUAAUAGAAGGUGUUGUGAUUGUGGCCUGUACGCUGUAAAUACGAGGCAGGCUGUUGUUUCUUGGGGGGGGGGGGUCACUGAGGUGUCUUAUCUACAAAUGUUAGGCGUGGAAGUGGUUGUUACGUCUUGGAUGGUGUUGGCUUGCCCCACGAGAAAGCAUUUCUGUUUGUGCAAGUUUCUUUUGUUUUUUUCUUUUCCAUAUUUUAAACUUUCCUACUGUUUUUAGUUGUGGAUGUUUCAGGUGGAACCACACCCUCUUCUUUAUCCUCUGAAAUUGUAAAAUCAAUGAUUGUUGAAUUCACAUUUCCCUGUCCAAAAUUUGUUAUGCGACAAUCUACCAAAGCAUGGAAGACGUACAAACUAGGUUUCUUGAAUAGUACCAGCUCUGUAUUUUACCAUUAACCCAACUUUAUUAUGGUUGAUGAAUUAAAGAGAUUUUAGAGUC